GCUGGUAUCCAAAUCUUUCACCACGCUGCCAGAGGUGGAGGGUUGCAGUUAGAAUCAGGGGGGAAAGUCCCUCCCUACCAUCGGCCUCUGCAUUGGCUGCAGCAGCAUCAGCUCCAGGCAAGCUGUCGGCCAAUGAAUGGAGGCGCAGAUGCAAGCAGAGGAGACGAUUUUACAAACCGGGACAGACACUUUCCGAGCAGAGAGUUUGCAACCAGAACCUGAACGUCUAAUCUGCAAAACUCCAUUUGCAUCGAAAUGGAGAGUAAAGUCACAGAUUUCACUGGAAAAUGGAAAAUGAAGUCUUCGGAAAACUUCGAGGAGCUCUUGAGAGCGCUGGGUGUGAAUGUGUUCCUGAGGAAGAUUGCAGUGGCAGCAGCCUCCAGUCCAGCAGUGGAAAUCACCCAGCAGGGAGAGAGUCUGUCCAUUAAAACAUCCACCAGCGUCCGCACCACCCAUGUUUCCUUCACCGUGGGUCAGUCCUUCAAUGAAGCCACAGUGGAUGGACGGCCUUGCACGAGUUUUCCUAAGUGGGAAACAGACAGAAAGAUCAGCUGUGAACAGACUUUACAGAAAGGUGAGGGGCCUAAGACAGCAUGGACCCGAGAACUGACUAAUGAUGGAGAACUCAUACUGACAAUGACUGCCGGGGAUGUUGUCUGCACCAGAGUUUAUGAGAGAGAGUGAGCUCAGCUCUGUCACUUAUUACUUCGGUUUUGUGCUUUGUGCAUGGUUUUCAUUUAUUCUCCCUGUUGUCCUUUGUCUUCAUCUUCCUCUCUGCCAGAGCUCAAACAUUGAACUGUGUUUAAAAAAAUCAUUGCCUUUAACAUCAAAACUUACUUUUUAUGUAUGGUUUUCUUGUGUUACACAUUCCUUAUAAGUGCAUCAUUGUAGUGUCAUUUUUAAAUAUGUUAUUAAACUGUU